AUGCUGGUGUGUCAUUGCAGGUAGCUUCGGGCAGACACAGAGGAGCGGCUGGUGGAGCACCUCCUAAAUCCGGCCCAUUACAACAAGCUGAUCCGCCCGGCGACCAACGGCUCGGAGCUGGUGACCGUGCAGCUGAUGGUGUCGCUGGCUCAGCUCAUCAGCGUGCAUGAAAGAGAGCAGGUGAUGACCACCAAUGUCUGGCUGACCCAGGAGUGGCAGGACUACCGUCUGACUUGGGUCCCCGAGGAGUUUGACGGGAUGAUGAAGGUCAGGCUGCCCUCAAAACACAUCUGGCUGCCUGACGUGGUGCUCUACAACAAUGCCGACGGGAUGUACGAGGUGUCCUUCUACUCCAACGCCGUGGUGUCGCACGACGGCAGCAUCUUCUGGCUGCCCCCGGCGAUCUACAAGUCCGCCUGCAAGAUCGAGGUCAAGCACUUCCCCUUCGACCAGCAGAACUGCACGCUGCGCUUCCGCUCGUGGACCUACGACCGCACGGAGAUCGACCUGGUGCUGCGCACCGACGUGGCCAGCAUGGACGACUUCACGCCCAGCGGGGAGUGGGACAUAAUCGCUCUGCCGGGCCGCCGCAACGAGAACCCGGCCGACCCCACCUACGUGGACAUCACGUACGACUUCAUCAUCCGCAGGAAGCCCCUCUUUUACACCAUCAACCUCAUCAUCCCCUGCGUGCUCAUCACCUCCCUGGCCAUACUGGUCUUCUACCUGCCGUCGGACUGCGAGAAGAUGACCCUGUGCAUCUCCGUGCCUGCCCUCACCGUCUUCCUGCUGCUCAUCUCCCAAAAUCGUCCCCCCCACGUCCUGGACGUCCCCCUGGUGGAAUACCUGAUGUUCACCAUGGUCCUCGUCACCUUCUCCAUCGUCACCAGCGUGUGCGUGCUCAACGUCCAUCACCGCUCGCCCACCACGCACACCAUGCCGCCCUUCAAGGUGGUCUUCCUCAACAAGCUCCCCGCCUUGCUCUUCAUGCGCCAGCCGAACAGCUGCGAGCGCCAGCGGCUGCGGCAGAGGAGGCGGGCCCAGGAGCAGAAAGAGGGGGGGCGGGUCGGGGGCGGCGGCCUGAUGGUGGGGCUUGGACUGGGCGCCGCCGGGGGCAACGGGGGAGGGGGCUCCGCCGGCUUGUUCGGCAAAGAGAACAGCGAUCCCUGCACCUGCUACGUCAACCGGGCGUCCGUCAAGCAGUUCGCGGGGGAGCUGGGCGGUUCGGCGGGGGUGGGCGGGUCGAUGGAUGGCCUGAACGGGCUCAGGGAGGGCCGCGAGGGAAACUCGGGGAACGUACCCCGGGGGAAACAGGCAACAGGGGGUCCUGUCCUGACCCAGGCCCUGCUGGGCAGCUGCCCUGGGUUUGAGGAGGCCGUGGACGGCGUGCGCUUCAUCGCCAACCACAUGAAGAACGAGGACGACGACCAGAGCGUGAGCGAGGACUGGAAGUACGUUGCCAUGGUGAUCGACCGGCUGUUCCUGUGGAUCUUCGUGUUCGUGUGCGUGUGAACGGUGGGCAUGUUCCUGCAGCCGCUCUUCCAGAACUACACAGCCAAGACCAUCACCAGCUCGCCAGGCUGA